GACAGUGAGACAUCAUAAAGGCAUCAACAAGCCUUUCCUCCUGCAUUGCAGUGCUCACCACCCUCCGGUCUACUUCAGUCAGCGCAGAGAAACAAACACACAGACGAGCCGGAAACAACGGAGUCAUGCUGCUCCUAACUCUACUGUUCAUAACAUCAGCCGUAGCGACCCCCCUGCUCGGCACUGAGCAGUGUGCUCGUGGCCCCCCCUACUGGUGUCAGAAUGUAAAGAUGGCUUCUCUGUGUGGCGCUGUGAGUCACUGCCAGCAGAACGUGUGGAACAAACCCCAGAUGAAAACGGUGCCAUGUGACUUGUGUAAAGAGGUGUUGAUGGUGGUGGACCAGGUACUGAAGGACAAUGCCACUGAGACUGAGGUUCUCGGGUACUUGGAGAAGGCCUGCCAGCUUGUCCCUGAUAAAGGUUUGAGUGCAGAGUGCAAAGAGAUGGUGGACAGCUACUUCCCCAUCAUCAUUGGCAUCAUUAAAGGAGAAUUGGAGAAUCCUGGUGUGGUGUGUGCAGCCAUCGGGUUGUGUCACUCUCAGCAGGCAGCCCUGGCUAAGGCUCAUGAGCAGCUCCAGUCCAAUGAAAUCCCUAAGGUCGACCUGUCCCAGCCUAUAGCUCCCUUCAUCAUCAAUGUGCCCCAGCUCCUCUAUCCUCAGGAGAGCCCUAAACAGGAGGCCCCCAAAGAGGCGACUCCACAGCAGGAUGAUGAUGAUAAUAAUACUGUGUGCGACGACUGCGUCAAGUUUCUGAGUGACGCUCAAGAGGAAGCAAAGACCAACACCUCAUUUAUUGACGGUCUCAUUGAGAAUCUUGAGAACCAGUGUGACCUGCUGGGGCCAGGCAUUGCUGACAUGUGCAAGCAGUAUAUCAGCCAGUAUGGUACCGCUGUUGUUCAGCAGCUCAUGUCCAUGGAACAGCAACCCAAGCAGAUCUGUAUCCUUGCUGGCUUCUGUACCGCUAUGAAGAAUUCCAUCCCCAUGAUGAAGCUGCAGCCUGCCAAGACCGUACCUGCUGCCAAGUCUGUACCUGUUCUUAAGCUUUUCCCUGCCACCAAGGUCGAGUCUGCAACAGACAAGUCUGCUAAGCCCAUGGUGCGUGUCCGCGAGUCCCCAACGUGCGCCAUCUGUGAGUUUGUGAUGAAACAGUUGGAGUCUAUGUUGGAGGAUCAGAAAACAGAGGAGGAAGUGAUUCAGGCUGUGGAGAAGGUGUGCACAUAUCUCCCAAAAUCUUUGUCUACCGAGUGUAAGGACCUGAUUGAGACCUACGGCCAGGCAAUCAUUGAGCUGCUGGUGCAGCAGGCUGACCCCAAGACUGUCUGCACUGUGUUGGCACUGUGCAAUGAAGCCAGACGUACAUAUGUCGUGCCACUUGACCAGACCCGCUUUAAGGUCGGUGGUUACUGCGAGGUGUGCAAAAUGGCCAUUACCUACGUCGACAAGAUUCUGGAGAAGAAUGCCACAGAGGCCCAGAUCGAGGAGGCUGUGAGGAAAGCCUGCAGCUUCCUGCCCGACUCUCUCCAGACCGAGUGUGACCAGCUGGUUGAACAGUACGAGCCAGUGCUUGUCCAGCUGCUGCUCCAGAUGCUCGACCCAGACUUUGUGUGCAUGAAAGUGGGAGCCUGCCCCGAGGCUGAACGCAGGCUGCUGGGAACAGAGCAGUGCAGCUGGGGACCUGCAUUCUGGUGCAAGAACAUGGAGACAGCAACUCGGUGCAAUGCUGUGGAUCACUGCAAACGCCAUGUGUGGGUAUAGAUGAAGAGGAUGACGGGCACAAACUGACCUGUAGGGAAUUAAAAGAAAAAUACUGUAGUGCUGCUUCCCUCUUUUAAUUUUUGUCCUGUUUUCUUUUUUUUUUUUUUUUUUUUUUUUUUUUUUUAAAUGGACUUACAUGACUGCAAUUUGUUUAAAUUAACUUGGAUGAUGUCAUGGUGGAAAGGGACUGGACAUUUGUUUUCCGGGGGUGGGGGGGAGGAGUGAUUAUAUGUACGGUGGCUUGCAGCUCGGCCGGCCUGUUACUGCCUCACAGAGCAGAAGUCACAAAGUGUCACUGUCAGGCUUUGCAGAUCUGCACUUGGGUUUUACUUGCUAAUAUAGUUCGCUGGGUGUGGUGUGUGCGUUAAACACAAACUCAAGUUUCACAUGGCUGUUCUGAUCCUAAGACCCCCACCCACCCCAGCUACAGGAGAAAUGGCUCGCUGUGUUAAGAAUGACUGGCAUUACUUUAAGCAGUACGUCUGAUCCUAAAAAACUUUUCUAUUUUGUAGAAAAUGUUGUGUUUUUGUUUUAAGGAGCUGAUCAGGAGGUGAGCCUCCUUCUCGCCUCCCAUUGUUUGCACUCUUCCUACUGUUUGUAAAUCACUGCAUUUCUAACGUUCAGAAAGCAUCUCUAAUUCAGUUGUUGUCUGCUACAAACCCUGAGCCGACUGACGGCUGAUCUGUAAAUUUUUAACAAUAAAAUUGAUCCCAAUCCA